CACCCAUCCUCUUUUGCCCACACGCGCACACGCACACACCAGGCAGCUUCAUUCCUCUCCUUCCACACUCACACAAACUCAUUCAUCUCUCCCUCACUGGUCUAUCUUGUAAUUCUCCUCCUCUUUUUCCCCUCCAUCUCUCUCUCUUUUUUCUUCCUCCUCCUCCUCUUGGAUGCCCGCUGAGCUAAGCAGUCACUAGUGGGUCCGAGGAGGCAAAAGGAAGGAGGAUAAAGCCAGAAUAGAUUCAGAAAAUAAGGGAAACAGGAGUGGGGGGAAAAAGCGGGAUGAGCAAGAAGCGGUUCAAUGAAUAGUAGCAAGGAAGGGAUUACAAAGACUGAAAAAAAGGAGAGGAAGGAGCAAGCCUGGCAGAAGCUUCGCCACUUUCUUUUUCUCUCUAUCCAUUCUCGUUUGCUCACAGACAGCGAAAGGGAGGAAUGAUAACACAGCCGCUAGUCUCCACCUGGAGUCCAAUCAAUUGUUCUCCACCUUUUUUGGGGUCUGCGCAGGUUCAGUCUACCAGCGUAAAAGGGGAGUAGACAGAGGCUGACCUCUCACCACCCCAACAGGACCCCACGAGCGAGAGGAGGACGGGGGGCAGUGGCGGAUGACUAACUGCCAACGACGAGCUCUUUAACCUGACCCCCACUUCUAGUCAGAGCGGAGGCAUGUUCGGAUUAAAGGCACCACACUUCUGCCUCCCAGGCAUGAGCCAUGAGUCCACCAAGUCGCCGCCAUUAGGAAUGGUCUCCACGGCAACUCGCACCACGGCCACUGUCAGUCCCCUCAGCCCUCUGACCAAUGGGAGCGCACUCGCCCAGUCUUCCAACUCCGGAUUCGCUGCUGCCCUGCGCAAACUGGCCAAACAGGCUGAGGAUCCCCGAGGUUUGGCCCUCAGCGGUGAGUCAUCACCCGUGUCUUCGCCCGCCACCAGCCACAGCUCACCGGUCAGCACGCCGAAGCAGGCCACACUAGGGCCUCUCUUGGCUCAGUCCCGGGGCCACGCCAUUGUCCCGAGCACCCCUCCCGUGGUCACCAUUGCGCCUACCAAGACUAGCAACGGCCUGUGGAGGGCCGAAGGACGACAGGUGGAGCAGAGCGUUCCAAGGCUCGGAGGCGGCAGAGAGCGGGCGCCCACUGACAACAACCAUCCGCAGCGCGACAAGAAAACCCCACCGGUGCCCCCGCCUCUCCCACUGGCUCACCCUUUUGGACUCGCCCCCAGCUCGGUCAUGCAGGACCCUCGAAUGCAGAGUCUCAGUUUACCUGGGCAGAUGCACCCUGCGGUUCCCUCAGGCACCAUCCCGGAGGAGUACCUGAGAGCGCUGCGUCCCUUCGCCACCCCCGACGACUUGCGGCUGACCUCUGUGCCUCUUGGUCUGGACCCCUCCGCCGCCGCCGCCGCUCAUGCUGCUGCCGCUGCCGCUGCUUACUACCACCCGGCCUUCCUGCACCAUCCUUUGUCUUUACCCAGAAUGGAGGAGUCCUUGUGUCUGUCGGGGUUACGGUCGCAGUUCUACUCCAUGCCUCCCGGGGGAGCCUUUCCUCCUCUGCACCCCUCUGGCCUCCACUUGCACCUGCCUGGAGCCCGCUACUCUGCAGAGCUAAACCACAGCCUACUUGCUGAGAGGAUGCAGAUGGAGAAUGAGCUUCGCCAGCGAGAGAGGGAGAAAGAGAGGGAGGAGGAGAGGGAGCGAGAGCUGGACAGACAGAAGGAGAGGCAGAGGGACAGACAGCAGCAGAUGGUCAGGGCGGCUGAGGGCCACCGAUACCUGGCCGACAGGCCGCCUCAGAGGGCGUCUUCACUGGAGGACCGGGCCAGGCUAGGGGAGAGACUGACCCCCAACAGGCUGGAUCAAGCGAAGGAGUCAGAGCUCCCGGCUUUCCAUGCACAAAAACCUCUGCCCUUGAACCUCCACUCCUCUCGGGGCUCCAUCCCACACCCGGUGCCUAGUCUGGUGCCUUCUCACCCAGCCAAGCACCACACUGCGCCUGCGGCGGGUGGCGUCCACGGAGCUGUGGCAUCUGCCGCCAUGAAUGUGAGGGCCACUGAGGAGGCCUGGACAAAAGACAGCAAUAGAACAGGCCAUCCUAACCAAGGCAUCAAAGAUGCACCACCUUCCCUCGGCGCACCACCUCCCCUCAUCUCCCCUAAAGCCCCGCAAACCACAUUGUGGAACCCCGCCUCUUUUGUGGACCGCCGAAAGUCCACCCCACCAAUUCGUCCCCCUCCCGGCCUGACCAGGGCCGACCGACCCCACCUGAGCUGGGGGGAGAUGUUGCAGGAUGGAGCCCGGAGGAGACCAGAGGCUCCUGAAAGGUAUCCCUCGGCGAGAGAGGAGGCCGGCUUGUCCAACAAGGCCGAACAUGACCUCCUCGUCCUCCAGAGGCGCCACACCAACAACCUCCACCUUAGGCUGUGCGCACCCCUGUCAGACCCCAAUGCCGGCAGGGAGCGGCAGAGGGACAGUGCGCUGGUGUAUGACGAGGCACUUCAGCAACAUCGCCGACUCCUCAGUAAGCUGGACCUGGAGGAGCAGAGGAGGAGGGAAGCCCGUGAAGGAGGUUAUUACUACGACUUAAACGAGUCGUACGACGAGAGCGACGAAGAAGAAGUCAAAGCCCAUCUGAGGAGAGUGACGGAACAACCACCCCUUAAACUCAAUACGUCCUCUGAGAAAGUGGACUUCCUGCGCACGUGUGGCCUGGUUACACUGGCUCAUCGCAAUGAGCUUCUGCAGCGCAAGAGGAGAAAGAGGAGGCGGAUGAUGAGGGAGCGCAGCACCUCGCCACCUUGCACCAUGCGGGUGAAACGGAAGUCUCCCACCUUGCCGGCCGCCGCGCUGACGACGCCGUACACCGCCGAACAGAUGGACGGCGCCCCCGAGCUGCAGGAAAAGAAGGACUUCCUGCGCGCCUUCAACCUCUCCCACGUCAGCGCUCGGCAACGAAGAGACAAAGAGAAGACUGAGGAGCUGCUGAGGGCCAUUGAGAAGAAGAUUGUGACAUUGGACACACUCCGAUACAACUCUGUACCUCCGUGUAGCAGCAGCCCCCCUGCCGCCCCCUCCUCACUCGGUGAGUCCUCAUCAACCCCGCCUUCCUGUCAGUCAAAUGGACAAAUUCAUCCCAACUCGCCGAGCCCCUCCCCUCCAUAUUUACACAAAGCGAGACAUGCCCCCCACGACGACGCUCUCAGGCAGCCGCCUCUACCCUUGGCACCCCACCGUGACAAAGUGGCAUUCGCAGAGGCGCCGCGAAUCAACAAGAAGCUGCAGCCAGUCCACAACGGUCACCUCGUAGCUCCUCUGAAAAAAGAGCACGGCGUAGGAGUGAAUGGUCGGGUCCGGCCUUGGGAGAGGUUCACACCCGAUGCCUUCGCUCAGCACUUCCACCAGGCUGUGCUAAAGUCCACACACCACAAAGGGGUCUCAAAUCUGACGAAGGCUGACAGUUCUGUGCCUCGCGAACUCUCUCCGCACAAAACACCUCAUCUGAACCACGCCGUUCACCACGUCAACGGCCAUCGCACCCAUUCCCCUCGAGUCGGUCAGGGGGAGCAACUGACCGAUGCGGACGUGGACGAGGGUGAAGACUCAUCUGGGGACGAGGAGGAGGACGACGAUGAGGAACCACCAAGAAAGUGGAAGGGCAUCGAAGCAAUUUUCGAGGCCUAUCAGGAUUAUGUGGAUGAGCGGAGUGUUGAGAGGCAGGUUCUUCACAGUCAGUGCAAAAGACUCGAAGCGCAGAAUUACAAUCUCAGCAGAACCGCAGAGCAGCUCUCUCUCACCAUGGCGGAGCUUGUGAGCCAGAGGCAGAGGGUACGAGAGGAGCGUGAGAGACUGCACGCUCAGCUGGAGCACUUCAGGAGGUGUCUGACGCUACCCAGCAUGCACUGGGGCAGAGGUGGGCACCUCAACACCCACACGCCCAGGUGACCUCAGGGCGCUGUGUGUCCAAAGACAACUGGCUUUGCACUUAAGAGAACUUAAAGGAAGUCAAUCCUCGGCCCCAUACUCAAAAUUCGACACACCUGUUCUCAUGGUUGCCAUCAUCCUGCCGUCCCGCACUUCCUUUUUAUUCAGUCUAUCCAAGGGAUUGGAGAUUUGUCAGCGAUUUGGAGACUUUGCAUCCUGUAUCUUUGCCAGUGUUCCCCAAACUUUAUUAAGCCAAGGUACGUUUUACAGUCCAAUUAAAAACAACAACAAAAUUUCAUGGCACAUCACCAAACACAUCACAAAAAGUAUAUAUAUUAAAAUAAUGACUUUGUAUGAAUUAUAACAGGUGGAGACAGUUAAUUGUAUCAUCUGCCAUCUAGUGGAAGACCCUUUCAUUGUUUAUCACCCCAACAUUACCCUUACAAAUAAAUUGCUUACAGGUUAUUUGACUUUGGGGGGGCGGGGUGGGGGCACCUAAAGUGUGCACAAAUGUGGACAUGCACAUGUGGUUAAGAUGCUCCUAACUUGCAUGGGCAUCCCAGGCUAAACUUAGCUCUUCUCCAAUGCACAAAGCUUGUCUCUCCAUCAAGUGCAUCACUCAACAAACUGUACUUCCACCAGUUACUAUUUUGACCUUAUUGCACCUUGUAGCAAUAUAGAAAUAAAACCAAACCAAAC